AUUAAAUCUUAACGGCAUUAGUAGCAUGUCAUAUAGAGCCAUAGUAGAGUUCGCCUUCAGCAUGGAUUCCUUCAGAAAUGUCGGAAUGUUUCAGCAAGGAGUUUAUUACCUGACAUAUGAGAUUUAUUACUACAAAGAGAACAAGAAGAUCUAUGCGACCCCGUAUGCCAACAUUCCUUUCAUUUACUCGGAGACUAAGGGGGAAGGUAUGAGGAACCUCGAGCCAAGUGUGAUCCUUGAAGACAAGCCUGUCUUCAAGACAAGGUCCUUCUGCAUUAGAUUCAGGCAUGAAGAAAUUCCAAUGAAUGAGGUCUGCCAAUUCAGAGCUGAGGUUGACACUGAUAAGGAAGGUCAUUACCUCGAUACUAAAUUCUACGUUGAGACUAACCUCUGCUUUCUACGCUAUAAAUUUGAUGGAACUGCUAAUUCUAAGUUCAUGAAAAAUCUAAUUGAUGAAAGAAGGGAUGAAUUCAAAAUUGUGAGCACCCAAGAAUUUAAAAUCACUGGUGCCCUUCAUGGAGUAACAGAGUAUCUCCCAACCACAUUCAAGGGUGUGUAUUUCAGUGUAGCUCAUGGAUUGAUCCACACUGCACUCACUGACUUCAAAUGGAGAGAUUGUUGUCUCGCUUCUCUUGAUAUAGAUGGAGAAACCGAUGAUAAUGGAAUUUAUAUCGAAACAGAAAGAAAACUCUCACUUGAUGAAUACCGAAAAAUGGUCGAGAAGUACUCGUACAGGCCGGAUUCUCUCAAUGACUACCUCCUCAGCAAUGAAUCGGAUUUCUACGUAGUGAAAUACAACAGGAAGACGCUGGAGUACAUUUUUGAUACCUUCAUUUCGCCUCUGAUCCUCAACUGGGAGAACCUCAAACGGAUGUACGAAACUAUCCUGACUGAAGAAAGAGACAGCAUUGUUAAUAACUGAGGUCCUCAUUUCAAAAUAGAAAAUAGCUGCGAAAAUCUAGAAUUCUGAGGCAAAAAUUCUUGGAAGAAAUUCACUCACGAGGAGGAAGACAAGACUGAAGACAAAGAAAACCAACCUAGUGAUAAAGAACAAGCGACAUUGGGUGAAGAUUCUGAUGAGGAAGGUAACUGAGAUGUCGGUGAAGAGAAUAGCGGUAUUCAAAAGAUUUAUUCUCUUCAAUAUACUUUCAAAGAAUUCUAUCUCAAUUACAUCGAUUUGAAACAAGCUUUCAUCGAGAAAGUCUAUACUAAAAAUCCAACGACGCUGAUCAAGAACAUUGAAACUGAGUUUCAGAUCCUUUCUGGUCAAGUUUUGCAGUGAAACUAUGAUCUAAUGAUGCUUCUGGGCUCUGCUCCAGAAGAGAUCAGAGAAUAUUUCAGAGAAAAAUACUGACAAAGACUUAAAGAGAAGGUCGAAGAUAGCGUCUUCAGAAGCCACAUGAAAACCUCUGAUUUUGUUAUCAGUGCUGAGAACGAUAGUAAAGAGCUUUACAAGAUCAUAGCUGAGAAGAGACGGUCUAAUGUCUAUGAUGAGCUCAUUGAAGAUCCUCCGAUUGAGGAUCUGACCAACCUCACCCAUGAUACUACCCCAGUGAUGAUAGAAGAGAUUUAUACAAUGGAAGAUUAUAAGAGUGAGAGUUCUGGUCUCACCAGAGCUUCUCGCAAGAAGAUCUACAAUGAUGGGCUCCAUCUCUUUGUAUUAGUGCAUGGGUUUCAGGCUACUCAUAUAGAUAUGCAAGAAAUCAAGAACCAUAUUGCAAUGGUUGUCCCGAACUCUAUCUUCUUGUGUUCCGAAUCCAAUGAAGGAGUUCGUACAGAAGGCUGAUUGAUAGAAUCGGGAAGAAAUCUCGCAGAAGAAAUUUUUGAUUUUUUCGAUGACGAAGAAGAUUGUGGAGAAGAUGUCACCCAGAUUAGCUUCAUUGGUCAUUCUAUGGGAGGAGUAAUCAUCAGAUCAGCACUUCCGCAUCUAGAGAGAUAUAAGAAAAUGUUUCAUGGAUUCUGCACUCUUUCUUCUCCACAUCUAGGAUAUGCAGCUUGCAAGAGUAAGCUCAUUAAAGUGGGCCUAUGGGCUUUCCAAACAUGGAAAAAGCAGAAAUCAAUUGAGCAACUCUCAAUGAAAGAUGCUGAAGACAUUGAAGACACGUUCAUGUUUAAACUCUCCCAAUACAAAGGUCUCAAAUGGUUUAAGCACGUGAUGCUUUUCAGUAGCGUGCAGGAUGGAUACGUUACAUUUGACUCCUCACGGAUACAAAUUUUCAAAAACACCACUCUGUACGACCCUGUUCGUGAGAGCAAAUAUAUUGAAAUGGCUACAAAUAUCUUCAAAGGCUGAGAUCAUACUACAGUGACCAGAGUUGAUGUUAACUUCAGCAUCAGUGGCAAAUCUAUUGAUAAUAUGAUAGGCAGGAAGGCUCAUAUUUCCUUCCUGUCUAACUCUGGCUUCUUGACAAUGUUCACGAAUAGAUUCAAAGAGACCCUCUUUGACCAAGCACUUUAGACA